GCAUUUAAUUUGAAGUAUUAACUAGUGUCUGGUUCUAUUAUAUAAGAUGUUUGGUAGGUGAUGAUAAUGAAACGGGGUACUACUAUAAGGGCAUUUAAGAAAUUAACAUUGUCAAAAAUUAAAGUAAAAUAUUAAAGCAAUAGAAAAUUAGAGAAAUAAGAUGGUCAAACCGUAAAACAAGUGCAGUCUCGCUCUGGCACGUGGGAAAAUUGCUCUGCUGAUAGCAAUAACACCACUGCAUUGUUUCCUACCUGUAGGGCCCCACCGAAUAAACCCAUCCCAAACGUUUGAAAUCGAUUUCAAAAACUUCUACAGCCUGUCCUUUUCGCACACGAUUUUCCGCCAAUAUCACUUUCCAAAAUUGCCACUAUUUUCAUAAAAAAACCCCACUAAAACCUAAAAUUACAUUUCGACCCCAAAAUACUAUGCGGAGCAAUUAGCAGCUACACUUCCUGACAAAAGUUCACAACCUAUGUAUGCACUGUAAUCCACAUUAUAUAAUUGGCCCCAACAACAAAUAUAUAUAUACAUAUAUAUACUUUUCUCUCUGUAUCUUCUUCGACCACUUCCAUUAUUCCUUUCAUCAAACUUAUUUCAGUUUCCCCCCUCUCUCUCUCCUACUUUGCUUUAUCUAUCUCUCUCUCUCCUCUUUUCUUUUUCUUUGAAAAAAGAGAAAAGUGAAAGAGAUACUGGUGUGAAACUGUUAUGUAUUCUUCUUACAUUAUUGAUAUCGAUGUACGUAUAGUUUAGUAGUUUACAGUGUGCUUUCCUUACAACCCUAAGAUUUUUAUUUUGGAGGUGUUUCUGAACUGACUCCACCACCAGAUCUAAGCUAUUUGAAGGUACUUGGCUUGGGGUGCUUCCUCAAAUGGAGGCAUUAGUGGUUCAACAGACUGAAGAUGCGGUGGAGAUGCACGUAAAUAACGAUACGAAGCCGUCGGACACUGAACAAGAGCUGCAUGAAGAACCGUCCAUUGAAAGUGCGAAAAAAGUCUCUAAGGCGCAGAAGCCAAAUACCGUAACAUCUAAGGUCACUAGUACAGGUGGGGUGGUUUCCAAAAGAAAAGUUGAUACAAAGAGUGGCACGGACCCUAGUUCAAUCGAGAAAAAAUCAACACUGGUUAGGCCAACGAUGAGUAGUGCCUCACGCACUUCAGGAUCAGUUGCAGUGACAAGAAGGAGCAGCACCGGUGGUUUACCUGAAAAGCAGCCGAUAUCUAUUACAAAACGACAGAGCGAUGAAACUGGUUCAGCAGGUAAAAGAACCACCUCUUUAGCAUCGGACCCUCUAAGGAAAUCUCUCCCAGAAAUUCGGAGGAGCUCAGUUUCUUCAAUCAGUGCUAAGCCUACUAUCAGACAGAGCAUUUCGGAAACUCAAAAGCCUCUUCCUAUUUCACCUACAGUUAGAACUCCAAGGACACCGACUAGUUCUGUUUUGAGCAAACAAGAUUCGAGUAAAAAGAUUCCAGUGAGAUCAUCUCAACCGUCGGUUUCUUCAAUCAAGAAAGUUGCUUCUCCAUCGCUGGAUAGUGCUGGAAGUAGUGGCUCUGUUAGGAAGUCAAUUGCAAAGGCUUCUCCCAUCUCUACCACCCGAUCGCCCACAGUAUCGAGUGGGUCCCGAUCUGGUGGUAUGUCAACAUCCGCGGAUAGAAGUUCUAGUUUACUUGGCCGUAAAAAAGUGGGAACUCCGGAAAGUAGGGAUUCGCGGAUGAUUAUGCUUCCUCAAGUGGAGGUGAAAGCUAGUGAUGACGUGAGGUUGGAUCUCAGAGGUCACAAGAUACGCAGUCUCCAUGGUGGUGGACUGAACUUGUCACCAAAUCUGGAGUUUGUUUAUCUCAGAGACAAUCUCUUGUCCGCAUUGGAUGGUAUUGGAGUCCUGAAACGGGUGAAGGUUCUUGAUUUGAGUUUUAAUGAAUUCAAAGGGCCUGGUUUUGAGCCACUAGAGAAUUGCAAAGCUCUGCAGCAACUCUAUCUUGCUGGAAAUCAAAUCACUUCUUUAAAGAGCCUUCCCGAGCUUCCCAACUUGGAGUUUCUGUCUGUCGCUCAGAAUAAGUUGAAAUCUCUUUCCAUGGCAAGCCAGCCUCGUUUACAGGUACUAGCAGCCAGCAAAAACAAAAUAUCAACAUUGAAAGGCUUCCCGUACUUGCCGGCACUUGAGCAUUUGCGUGUUGAGGAGAAUCCAAUACUUAAGAUGUCUCAUCUGGAAGCAGCUUCGAUUUUGCUUGUUGGUCCAACCUUGAAAAAAUUCAACGACAGGGAUCUCUCGCGUGAGGAAAUAGCAAUUGCCAAGCGUUAUCCUUCAAACACUGCCUUAUGUAUUCGUGGUGGUUGGGAGUUGUGCCGUCCAGAACAAGCUGUAGAUUCUACGUUUAAGUUUAUGUUAGAACAAUGGAAAGAACAACUUCCUUCUGGAUACUUGCUUAAAAGAGCUUCUGUUGACCAACCAUUUGAGGAAGAUGCUUGCUCUUGCCACUUUGAGUUUGAAACAGACACAAAGGAAGCUAAUGGUGGUGUGCAAUUAGACUUGAAGUACCAAUGGUUUAUAGGAGAGCAAACUGCUUCAAACUUCACAGCGAUUUCUAGUGCAAGCGGAGAGACCUACUUUCCGAAGUGCGGCGACAUCGGUAGAAUCUUGAAAGUGGAGUGUAUUCCAAUACUGGGAGACACCGAAUAUCCCGCAGUUUUUGCAAUAUCUUCGCCAAUUUGUCCAGGCACUGGAAUCCCUAAGGUCAUAAAGAUUGAUGUCCAUGGGGAACUGAUUGAAGGGAACAAAGUCAAAGGGUAUGCCGAGGUUGCUUGGUGUGGGGGUACUCCAGGGAAAGGUGUUGCUAGUUGGCUUAGGAGACGAUGGAAUAGCAGCCCUGUGGUGAUUGCUGGUGCAGAAGAAGAAGAAUAUCAGCUUAGCCUAGAUGACAUAGAUUCAUGCCUGGUUUAUAUGUACACUCCCGUAACUGAAGAAGGAGCCAAAGGGGAACCUCAGUAUGCAAUCACCGAUUAUGUAAAAGCAGCUCCUCCGUCUGUGAGUAAUGUACAAAUUACGGGAGAUGCUGUUGAGGGAAAUACAAUCAGAGGAGUUGGAGAGUAUUUUGGAGGAAAAGAAGGCCCCAGCAAGUUUGAAUGGUUUCAUGAAGAUAAGGAUACUGGAGAACGCUCAUUUGUGUUGACGGGUACUAAUGAAUAUACCUUAACAAAAGAAGAUGUUGGACGAAGAAUGGCAUUUGUUUAUGUUCCUGUGAACUUUGAGGGGCAGGAAGGGAAUUCUAUGUCCACAGCAUCCCAGAUAAUCAAACAGGCUCCACCUAAAGUUGUAAAUAUGAAGAUAAUUGGUGAACUGAAGGAGGGAAGUAAGAUUACCGUGACUGGUAUUGUCACCGGAGGAACUGAAGCCUCUAGCAGAGUUCAGUGGUUCAAAACCGCUUCUUCUACUUUUGAGGGUGAAAAUGGUAUCGAGGCAUUAAGUACGUCUAAGAUUGCAAAGGCAUUUCGGAUUCCUCUGGGAGCUGUCGGCAGUUACAUUGUUGCAAAAUUUACGCCAAUGACCCCGGAUGGUGAAUCUGGUGAACCAGCUUAUGUGAUUUGUGAUACAGCUGUUGAGACUCUGCCCCCCAAGCUUAAUUUUUUGUCUGUAACGGGAGAGUACUCUGAAGGUGGAGUUUUGACAGCAUCCUAUGGUUACAUCGGCGGUCAUGAGGGAAAAAGCAUCUAUAAUUGGCAUCUUCACGAGGUGGACACUGACUCUGGUACCCUAUUACCCGAGGUUUCAGGUCUUCUUCAAUACAGAAUUCCGAAGGAUGCAAUCGGUAAAUUCAUAUCUUUUACUUGUACCCCAGUGCGUGAUGAUGAUAUUGUAGGCGAACCAAGAACUUACAUGGGACAAGAACGUGUUCGUCCAGGAAGCCCAAGAUUGCUUUCUUUACAAGUUAUCGGAACUGCCGUUGAAGGCAGUAUUCUAAACGUUAAAAAGAAAUACUGGGGUGGUGAAGAGGGAGAAUCUAUAUACCGCUGGUUCCGGACUAGUUCAAAUGGCACCCAUGAUGAAAUAAACGGUGCAACUUCUUCAUCACAUAUGCUCUCCGUCGAUGAUAUUGGCUUCUUCAUAUCAGUUUCUUGUGAGCCCAUUCGAAGUGACUGGGCCCGAGGUCCUAUUGUCCUUUCUGAACAAAUUGGACCAAUUGUGCCAGGACCGCCAACAUGUCAGUUGCUUGAGUUUCAAGGAUCCCUGAUUGAAGGUGCACGACUGAGUUUCAUUGCUAAUUACACUGGAGGGGUGAAGGGAGAUUGCUUGUACGAGUGGUUCAAAGUGAAAAGCAAUGGUUACACACAGAAACUUCAAGAUGGAGAGUUUUUGGAUUUAACUAUUAAUGAAGUGGGAGACUGUGUCGAACUUGUUUAUACACCUGUUCGUGCCGAUGGCUUGAAAGGGUCUCCAAAGACACUGGUUUCUUGUCCCGUUGCUCCUGGGGAGCCUCUAGGUGUUGAGUUGGUGAUUCCCGAUUGCCGUGAGGGUCAAGAAGUGGUCCCCGAAACAACGUAUUUUGGAGGGCAAGAAGGAGUUGGAAAAUAUAUUUGGUUCAGAACAAAGAAUAAGCUUCAUCAAUCUGCCCUCCUCGAACUGUCGAAUAAUUUCGAAAAUGUUGAUAUAUGUGGAGAGGCAUUAACAUAUACUCCGUCGCUCGAAGAUGUGGGAUCUUAUUUAGCAUUGUAUUGGCUGCCAACACGGUCAGAUGGGAAAUGUGGUACUCCUUUGGUGUCAAAUUCCGACUCUCCAGUUAUUCCAGCUCUUCCGAUAGUAGAAAAUGUUCGCGUGAAAAAGUCGUCUUCGAGCACCUAUCAUGGAGAAGGAGAGUAUUAUGGUGGAUACGAAGGAGCAAGCCUCUAUAGCUGGUACAGAGAAACUGACGACGAAGCAAUUGUUCUUAUUGGUGGAGCUAAUUCUAAAACUUAUGAAGUCUCGGAUGAAGAUUAUAACUGCAGAGUGUUGUUUGGAUAUACUCCAGUUCGCUCAGAUUCAGUUGUCGGAGAACUUCGAUUGUCUGAACCAAGUGAUGUAAUAUUGCCAGAGUUGCCAAGAAUCGAAAUGGUAGCUCUUACCGGUAAAGCUGUUGAAGGAGAAGUAUUGACUGCCCUCGAAGUUAUCCCAAAGAGCGAAAAUCAACAGCUUGUUUGGGGCAAGUACAAGAAAGUAGUUAGAUACCAGUGGUUUUUCUCAACUGAUAAUGAAAGCGAAAAGUCCUUUGAGCCAUUCCCUUCACAGCGGUCGUGCUCCUACAAGGUACGGUUUGAAGACAUUGGUCGCUACCUGAGGUGCGAAUGCGUAGUUACUGACGUGUUCGGAAGAUCGAGUGAGAUGGCAUAUGCUGAAACUGAUUCCGUUUUACCAGGAGUUCCUAGAAUGGACAAGCUGGAAAUCGAGGGUCGAGGUUUCCACACAAAUUUGUACGCUGUACGGGGAAUUUACAGGGGAAAGGAAGGAAAAAGUCAAAUCCAAUGGCUUCGGUCAAUGGUCGGAAGUCCUGACCUAAUUUCUAUUCCCGGUGAGACAGGAAGGAUGUACGAGGCUAAUGUUGAUGAUGUAGGGUACAGGCUGGUUGCUAUUUAUACACCAGUAAGAGAUGAUGGAACUGAAGGGCAACCUGUUUCUGCAUCAACGGAUCCAAUCGCAGUUGAGCCUGAUGUUCUUAAAGAAGUGAAGCAGAAACUAGAUCUUGGAUCUGUUAAGUUUGAGGCACUGUGCGACAAGGAUCGAUCUCCUAAAAGGGUACCUGGAGUGGGAAGUCUGGAGAGACGAAUUCUGGAAGUGAAUAGAAAGAGAAUCAAGGUUGUAAAACCCGGCUCGAAAACAUCGUUUCCUACAACAGAAAUUCGUGGAAGUUACACUCCUCCUUUCCAUGUCGAGCUAUUCAGAAACGAUCAACAUCGUCUUAGAAUCGUUGUAGACAGUGAUAACGAAGUGGAUUUGAUGGUACAGACACGGCAUCUCCGUGAUGUCAUCGUCCUUGUCAUCCGAGGUCUUGCACAGCGAUUCAACAGCACAUCUCUCAAUACUCUUCUCAAGAUAGAGACAUAAAAAAAAGUCCUCUGUAUAUGUAAAAAAAAUACAUUUUACUUCGUUUCGAUAUAAUUCUUGAUUUUUUUUGUCGUCUAGCCUUUUCCUCUCUUUUUUACGAGUGGAAGGCUUGUUCUUUCUGUGUGAUUUCUGUUCAUUAUUUGUAGACGUGUACCGAUGAUUGAAAUUUAGAAAUUGCGAUUCAAAAUGAA